AUGGAGUGGGAUGACUGGGGCAAACUGUUGUUGGAUACGGACGGCCAGUACACGGUCAAAUACUCCGGCAGAAGCAGCGACGAGUUCCCCCUGAUCUGCGACCCCUUUUUCUCCAGCCUGCCCGACCACGAACAAGAAACCCUCCGCGUCCCAGCUUGA